AUGCGUCGGGAUCCCUUCCUCGGCGGUGCCGGCUGCCGCUUACCGGCGAUCCUCUUCAUCUUCCUCAGGGUGGCCGCCGCCGCCUCGUCUGCCGCCUUCAUCUCCGGUCCGCCCCCCGCCCCACCUCUUUACCACAUUCCGAACUCCCUCGUUCCCCAGAUUUCUCAGUUCUCUCUCUCUCUCGUUGGCCCGCAGACGGCGCGCUGGGGUCCGGCAUCUCGGGGGCCGCCGGCGGAAGGGCCCUGCUCCAGGCGAAGAAGAGUAAGACGAUCUCCCUCUCCAAUCGCCCAUUCCAGUUUCUCAUCGUUCCCGCUGUCCGAUCUCGUUCGUUCUCCCUGCUUUCCCCGUCGGAUUCUCGCCGCAUUCUGCUCCAGAUUGGGAGGAAAGAGUUGCAGAAAUGGGACUCCGCGGAGGAGGAUUUCAAUGGCGGAAUGACUGGUGUUCUUGCUGGGGGCUUUAAUGGCGAGGGAAUAGAUGAGGAGAGGCGAUCCAUUGAGAAAAUGAAUGCAGAUGCAGGUUGAGGAACGGAUCAGAGCAACACGGACCCAAGAACAGAGAGAUAUCCUCAUUACUCCGACGCCGUCGAGAUUGAAGGUGAAGACGGAGAUAUCCCUGAUGGAUAGUCCCCGGUCUCCCGGGGUUGCUCCCCAGUAUGGUGUGCCAGUUGAAGCUUUUUUCUUUAAAAAGUCCACCUGCAUCGCUGCCGUUGACUUUUCUUUUACUGCGCCAAUGAACCCUCUACGGUUCAUUGUUGUUGCUCCCCGGAAUGCAGUGCCAGAUGAAGCAUUUUUUUUAAAAAGUUCAUCUGAUCGAGGGAGGGGGAGCAUCGCUGCCGCUGACUUCUCUUUUGUUGCGCCAAUGAAUCCUCUACGGUUCAUUGUUGUUGUUGCUGCCACCUCUGGUCCUGCACUCUUCGCUGCCGUUGACUCUUCGGUACAGUUCAUUGGUGUUGUUGCUGCCGCCUCUGGUCCUGCACACUUUCUUGGAACAAUUUUAUUUGUUUUUCAUUUUGUUAUCCGGUAUCUUGAUCUUGGUGUUUGGAUUCGUCCAUGAUCUGUUGAUCACUCUGGGUUGCAUGAAAGAAAACACGGAGUCAAAUUCUGCGGCUCCAGCUGCCUUUUAUUUGAUCGGUGGGGGUUCAAUUUCCCGCCAUAUUCAUCAGUAUCACCUUCUAGUGUUCCUGCUAAAACCAAAAAGGGGUCCCGUUUCCUCCUUUCUGUAAGGGUUGACUUUUGCACAAGAUUUUCAUAGAAAACUGUUCAGAGAAAAGAUUUUCCCGUUGACCAUCGCAAACGGGGAUUUCCCGUUGACUAUUCAGUCAACUCCUUAUGUUAUCUAUCUGCAUAGGAUUAUUUCAAUCAAUCAAUCACCUUUUGACCGACUUGCAGGCUGCCCGAUAUCCUUCGAGUUCAAGAACUACAUGAUCAUCACCAGCCAGUGCAAAGGGCCGCGGUACCCGCCCAAGCUCUGCUGCACCGCCUUCAUGGAGUUUGCCUGCCCCUACGCCGAGCAGCUGAACGACCCUACCAACGACUGCGCCACCACCAUGUUCAGCUACAUAAACCUGUACGGGUCGUACCCACCGGGCCUCUUCGCCAGUGAAUGCAAGGAUUCCAAGCGGGGCCUCGAGUGCGUGGGUGUUCCCGCGUCAACGGAUGACGUCCAGGGGAACACCUCCGCCGCCGCCGCCGCCGCCGCCGCUGCCGCCUUGGUUGUCGCCAUCCCUGCGAUGCUCUCCUUCUUCCUGGUGCACCUGAUGAUCAUCUCCUGA